AUGGAUUUUUAUAACCUUCCCAACGUCACCGAUCCUCAUCCUCCCACUGCUCUGGCCCUCCAGAGGGUGACUCCAGUCCUUUCUUACUUCGCGGUCGCAUUUUCUUUGGCCAGUUUCAUCUGGUGGUGUAUACAAGACUACCGCUUCUUCAAAUCGUUGGGAGUUGGCGGCCCUUCUCAUGAUAUCUUCGGCUGGUUCAAAGUCCACAUACUCGUCAGACCUUUCACCCUCGCUCCUCGAGAUACCACGUGGACUGGCGACUAUCCGGGCUAUGGGGCUCACAAGGAGAUCAUGGCGCUGCCACAUCGAAAGGGUGAACGGCCAGUGAUCAUGGGCAUUGCCCCUCAAAGACAAUUCACUCAGUGUCCAGACCAAGAAAUGAACUCGCGCGUACUUGCCUUGUUCUCGUCUUUUGUCCACAAAAACCCCAACCUGCUGCAGCAAAGACUCUCGGUUGUCGAAAAACACCACUAUGCACUCUUUGUGCAUCCAAGCAUACUUGCCAAGGCAGACAACCUUCCGGAAAUUGCAAGCAUCGCCAACGGCGAACUGGGGCAUAUCCACGGAGAGACCUCACUGCACCUUUACUUCUCACCGGCAGACGCGAAAAUCCUCAUUGAACGGGGUUGGGCUCAACGGCAUCGAUGUGCCAGGACUCAACCGUGGUGGUUUGGUGGCCUGAAGAAUAUGUGGGGUAUAGGAGACACAUUCCUCAUUGUGUACGCUCCGAGGAACCAGGAGGAACUUGAGGUGUUAUGUGUCCUGAUUAAGGCCAGCAUCAUGUUUAUGACAGGCGAACAGGAUGUCGUCAAGCCGUAA